AUGUGUAUCGUGUAGGCGUUGGCGAGGAAGGAGGCGAGAGCCGCGAGACCGCUGUCGCCGCCGCCGCCACUCGCUGCUCGCUCUCUCGGGCGACGUGUGUCAUCCGUGAGGGGGAAAAAAAGAAGGACAAUAAUAACGUGUGCCCGCGUUCCGCGGCAACCCGGUGCUCGCGCGUUUUGCCGCACGUGCGUCGCGUCGCGUCGCUUUCCUCGAGGAAUCCUCCGUCGCUCGAGCGCUCGGUUUCCUUCGCUCCCGAAAGAAACGGCUCUAACGCGCUCUCUCUCUCUCUCACACACACAUACGCACACUCGUGCUCUCCACCCUCUUCCCCCCCUCUCCCACCUCUUCGUACUCGGUGCCUCUAGAGCCUUGUCUCUCUAGCCUCGCGUUCCUCGGGCCACGACGGAGGAGCCACGUCUCCAUUCGUCUCUCCGAUAACGCGGCGGGUGCCUCGCUCGGCGAUUAUUGUUAUUCCGCGAGUGGUGGUCGGGGAAGGUCGCCGCCAACGCCUCCCUCCCCCCCGUGCGAGCGCGGCGUCCCCGUGGUCGUGUCGCGUUCGUGAAAGAAAGGGGAACGGACGGGGGCGUGAACGAGACGAGACGUCUGUCCUCGCUCCUCGCCGUCGCAGCAUCGUCCUUCGGCAUCGCUACGUCGUUUCGGAGCAACAACGUUUUUCGGAGCGGACUGCACGUCGUUCGCUGGCUCGCGAUUAUCUCCCUCUCUUUCUCUCGCUCGCUGGCGUAGAGGUCGUGACUUCCGGAGAGAAAGGAGAGAAAGAGAAGGAGAGAGAGAAAGAGAGAGAGUGAGAGAACCACUCCGCGAGGAACGGAGCACCGAGCGAGAAAGGCGUGCUGACCGCGUUCCUCGCCGCGGUUGAACCAGGACCAAGGCAGCAGCGGUGCAGCAGCAGGAGGCGGAUUUUCUGUGAUCCUCCUGACACUCGCCGCGACGUGACGUUCCCCGAGUGACUCGCCUCAAAGCAGAUCCAUUAGCCGCAACAACGGUGCCCACUGCACGCUCUCCGUCUCGAGGUCUAUUACCCGUCCCUUCAGGUCCCAUUUUACUAUCCGGAAUCCUGCGGAGAAUAAGAGAAACGUUUAAGCGCGCGAGUGAUCGAAGGACGGAUUUUUGGGAUCGGCGUCAGAAGGAGACGCUAAAUGAGGAAGAGCUGAGAAAGGUCCGUUUAAGAGAAGAAGAUAAUUCUGCGAGCCGCGGCUUCCUGCGAGAGAUGUCCGGCGCCCUGAAGGGAGAUCCGACCGGCGAAGCGGGCGGCUAGUUGCGGUGCAUGCCUCGGCGCGGCGGUGUGCAUCCUGCGCUUCUCCCGAAGGCCGAAAGGACGGUCCCGACGGUCGUUCCACCUCUGCGAAGGAAAGACGAAACGUUAAUUUCGACGGGACAUCAAAGUUUAUUAUUCGGAGGAUCUUUUAUUACUGAGGAAACUCGAAACGAGAGAGAGAUAGACGGCACAACCGGUGCCCCCCAUGUGCGCACCGCCGAGGUGCUUGAGGAAGCGCGUGGCUUGAUGCCGGUUGGCCUUAUUGAAUCAAGGAAGCGGAGAUUUUCUCAAAAAGAGUUGGAAAAUUUCGCGCGUGACGCGCGUCUCGGCCGGACAAAGGCGUGGAUGAUACCGGCGGACUCGCGGGACCACUCGACAACGACGACGACGACGAGGACGGCAGUCACGAGGCGGAUCGUGUUUCCUGCGGCGGUAACGGGUGUCGCGGCUGAUACGUGGAAUGUGACGGGAGACGUCGCGCGUGGAGUAGCGAGUCGUAGAAAAGGGGACAUCAUCCACUGCUCGGGAGCACGAGACACAAAUCAGCUGGUAUGUCAAAUAAUCAGCUGGUUGACUCCUGUCUACGCGUCCUACAGGAGAAAGCCCCCGACAUGCCGCAAUACACCGGACAGGGCGACACGGACUACCAUGGAAGUAACGGACAGGCGGACACCCACUCGUUGCACUCGUCUCAUCUGUCCGUCCAGGAGGAUCCGCUGCUUAUCCGGACCCACAAGCAACAGACUUCUCAACAAGUGACGACUGUGACGAAAGUCGUGCGCGAGGUUUCCCACAUGGAGCCGGAUCCGGGGGCGGUCAGUUACAUGUCGGUGCCGUUGAUGUCACAAGAUUAUCAGCACGCGGACCCCCGCUACCCCGCGGAUCCGUACAUGGUCAGCUUCGACCAUUACGACCCGUACCUGGGUUACCCGCCGCAGCCGGGGUAUCCGGGACCCCAUGGCAUCUACAUGCCGCGCUCGCAUUCUCCCCACAGCCCUCACAGCCCGUCGGAACACAGUCGUGCUUCUCCGCCACACGAGUACAUGCGCAAGGGUGCACCUUACGUGGAGGGUAGCUAUAACGACAUCGACCCCGGCUUAAACCCCGCUUUGCAGGACCAUUAUCGCAUUACUCCGAGUCCCGGUGGUCCUGGAGAUCAGUAUGACGAGAGCAAAGUGGCCUAUGGCUACGUGUCGCCGUCGCCAUACGGUCCCGUGGGGUACGGGCCCGCCGUGGGGGUCGGGCCGGUGCCAAGUGACGUGCCUGGCUACGAGGAGGGUCACCCGGGGGUGCCCCUCACGUCGGCCGUGCCGCCCGGCAUCUUCGAGGACGAGGUGCACCUGCAGCGACUGCAAUCGCGUCAUCCGGUGGUGCCGGGUAUGGCGAGUCCGCUCGACGACGAUCAGAAGUCCAUGCGCUGGCGGGACCCGAACCUGUCCGAGGUGAUCGGCUUCCUGAGCAACCCGAACAACAUAAUCAAGGCGAACGCGGCCGCGUAUCUGCAGCACCUCUGCUACAUGGACGACCCGAAUAAGCAGAAGACGCGCAGCUUGGGCGGCAUACCGCCGCUGGUGCAGCUGCUGGACCACGACAAUCCGGACGUGUACAGGAACGCGUGCGGCGCGCUGCGGAAUCUGUCGUACGGCCGGCAGAACGACGAGAACAAGCGCGCGAUCAAGAACGCGGGCGGCGUGCCGGCCCUGAUCAAUCUGCUGCGACGGACGUCCGACGCGGAGGUCAAGGAGCUGGUUACGGGGGUACUGUGGAAUCUGUCAUCGUGCGAAGACCUGAAGAAAUCGAUCAUCGACGACGGCGUGACGAUGGUGGUGAACAACAUAAUAAUACCUCACAGCGGCUGGGACCCGAGCUCGUCGUGCGGCGAGACCUGCUGGUCCACCGUGUUUAGGAACGCGUCCGGCGUGCUGAGAAACGUAUCGAGCGCGGGCGAGUACGCGCGGAAGAACCUGCGCGAGUGCGAGGGCCUGGUGGACGCUCUGCUCUACGUGAUGCGUUCGGCGAUCGAGAAGUCCAACAUCAGCAACAAGAUCGUCGAGAACUGCGUGUGCAUCCUGAGGAAUCUGAGCUACCGCUGCCAGGAGGUGGAGGACCCCAAUUACGAUAAACACCCGAUCCAGUCCACGAUGCAGAACAGAGUCACCGCGCCCGCGAAAGCAUACAGUUUAUGUCAAGGUGAGAAUCUGGGCUGCUUCGGCGGGAGCAAGAAGAAGAAGGACGGUCAGCCGGUCCAAAAGGAGACCACCGCGUCACGUACGACGAGUCCGCGGACCGAGCCAGUCAGGGGAAUGGAAUUGCUUUGGCAGCCGGAAGUGGUCCAAUCGUAUCUCAGUCUCCUGCAAACGUGUUCGAAUCCGGAAACGCUGGAGGCCGCCGCCGGGGCCCUGCAAAAUCUCGCGGCCUGUUACUGGCAGCCGAGCAUCGAGAUUCGCGCGGCCGUACGCAAGGAAAAAGGUCUCCCUAUAUUAGUGGAGCUCUUGAGAAUGGAGGUGGACCGAGUAGUCUGCGCGGUUGCGACCGCGCUCAGAAACUUGGCGAUAGACCAACGCAAUAAGGAGCUAAUAGGCAAAUACGCGAUGAGGGAUCUCAUCCAGAAGCUACCGUCUGGAAAUAAUCAGCACGAUCAGGGCACGAGCGACGACACGAUCGCCGCGGUGCUCGCGACUCUGAACGAGGUCAUCAAGAAAAAUGCCGAGUUCUCGCGGUCAUUGCUCGACGCCGGCGGUGUCGACAGACUGAUGAACAUCACCAGGCAACGCCAGAAAUACACGCCGCGCGUUCUUAAAUUUGCAGGACAAGUAUUGUUUACUAUGUGGCAACAUCAAGAACUGCGGGAUGUGUAUAAGAAGCACGGCUGGAAGGAGCAAGACUUUGUCACGAAAACCGUCGCCGCCAGGAAUUCAGGGCCUAAUUCACCCAACAACGCUAACAGCUAUGAUUGCAGCACUCUGAAUCGACCGAUGGCGAGCCAGGGAAGCACAAGAUACGAGGAUCGAACAAUCCAGCGAGCAAACAUGAAUUCGAAUAAUGUCGGUCGACCUACUAUAUAUCAAUCAGUAAGUAAUAAUAACUAACAGCAUCACUAAAUAAAUAUACGCCGCGUAGACACACCAUAGGAUGAGAAAAGUGUAUUGAAGCGUAGGGAAAGAAACCACACGUUAUAUGCAAUCUGAGCUGUCAGUCUUACGAAAAAGUUUACUAAUAUUUAAUAAAUAAUUAAA